AUGAUCGGACCUCGAGGAAUGGCCUGCGCCGGCGGGCUUCUGGCGAGGGUCGGCAGUCGGUCGGUGAUUUCGAGAGCGGUACGACAGAGCAGUCCGUUGCGGCCAUUACCAGCGACAGUGACGGCGCCAGCAGCGAGGUGGUGGAGGGCACAGUACUCGACCAGGCCAGAACUCCCCAAAGAAGUAACCAUAAACUCCAAAACUUACCCCGUCGACGCCGAAUGGUUCAACGUCUCGUCCACGAUCCUCAACCUCACGUCCCGGAAGCUGCACCUCCAAAAAGACCACCCCGUGUCCAUCACCCGCCAAAUCAUCGAAUCCGUGUUCCCCUCCCCCACCUACCUCAGCUACAACAACCUCGACCCUGUGGUUACGACCCACGAGAAUUUUGACUCGUUGGGGUUUCCGCCCAACCACCCCGGCAGAGCAAAAACCGACACUUAUUACAUCAACUCUACCACCUUGCUACGGACGCACACGUCGGCCCACGAGGCGGAGUUAUUCGCCGCGUCGAAAUCCCCGGGAUAUCUCAUCUCGGCUGAUGUCUACAGAAGAGACGAAAUCGACAAGUCCCACUACCCCGUCUUUCACCAGAUGGAAGGCGCCCGGGUCUGGGACCGCGACACGGUCCCGAACGGUGACAUCGUGGCGGCUGUACACAGAGAUUUGGACGCCCUACCGAAACAUGAAAUGAUCAUCGAGGACCCCAACCCCCCUUCUCACCCGGAGCGUAACCCCUUACAGCCAUCCCACACCCCUGAGGAGGCAGAGGCGGUGGGGAAGCAUCUGAAGCGAUCUCUGGAAUUGAUGGUGGCGGAGAUUUUUAAACGGGUGAAGGAGUCUCACGCCCGGGCGGGGGUGAAAGAGCAGGAUGGGGAGCCGUUGAAGGUUAGAUGGGUGGAGGCUUACUUUCCUUUCACGAGCCCCAGUUGGGAGAUGGAGGUUUGGUAUCAGGGGGAUUGGCUGGAGGUUUUGGGGUGUGGGGUGAGUCAACAACACAUCCUUAACGACGCGGGUGUUCCCAAUCAAAUAGGCUGGGCUUUUGGCUUGGGGCUGGAGAGGAUUGCGAUGUUGCUUUUUCAGAUACCUGAUAUCAGGUUGUUUUGGUCGCAGGACGAGAGGUUUUUGGGCCAGUUUAGAGGGGUGGAGGGGGAUUUGGGGAAACUGAGGCCGUUUGUGGGGUUUAGUAGGCAUCCGGCUUGUUACAAGGAUGUCAGCUUUUGGUUGCCGGCUGGGAGCACGGGGGCUGCGGCGGCGGGGGGGAAGGGGAGGGAGGGCGGGGAGUGGCAUGAGAAUGAUUUGAUGGAGGUGGUGAGGGAUGUUUGCGGGGAUGUGGUGGAGGAUGUGGUCUUGAUGGAUAGCUUUACGCAUCCCAAGACGGGGAGGAGGAGUUUUUGCUACAGGGUGAAUUAUCGGAGCUUGGAGAGGACGUUGACGAAUGAGGAGACGAAUGGGUUGCAUGAGAGGGUGAAGGGGGAGAUGGUGGGGAGGUUGGGGGUUGAGAUUAGGUGAUUCUGUAUCAACAUGAGGAGAUGUUUCAAGAAGGAGAGAAUAGCGAGGGUUUAGUGGUGUUUUGAGACGAGUGGUUAUGGUUACAUAGACAUCACUAAACAACAAGGGAGGGUUGUUGGUGUUUGGGGGAAUCUUGGCAUGUCUACAGCUAUUGUCUCUGGUCAUGAUCAUCACCAAACACCAGUGAGGAGGGGGUUCUGGUGUUGUGUUGAUUUCAGGAGAGUGUCUGUGUGGGCUUGAUGCUGCUCAGCCACCCGGACGCUCGGAUACCGGUCUGCAAAACAUGCGGGGGAGAAAAAGGGUGCAUACAUGCAACCAUGGUGUUACCUAUACCAUCUCCUACUCGAAUGUAUGUACGUAUAUAUGAUAUGAAAAAUAUCUAGUAGAAAACUAGAAACCGGACGAUGUAGAUCCGGAAAAGAUAUACCACCUGACGAUGCAGCGGUGGUGAGAGAGCAUGGCCC